AUGUCUUCGCCGCUGCACGAUAUCUGGGAGGCCGCCUCUGCCUCGCCAUACCAGCCCUCCGUCUCAAAGGACUCGCAGUUCUUCGUCGGAGCUGUCCUGCUCUUCACAGCCUUCAUCCUUACAGGCGUGUUCGGACUCAACCGGUCAAUUGUCACUCUGCCUGUGCUCGGUGUUCCUGCAUCUCUUGCAUUUGGCUUCGGUGCGGUAUACAUGAUUUGCGCCGUCGGCGUAUACGUCUAA